AUGGGAGAAAUUGACAUCUCAAGCACACAAAGGUAAGACAGCAUGCGAUCCCUUUAUCUGUCUCAAUCAGACCAUCCUAAUGUAUUUAUAAAGUAUUUAUUAUUAUUAUGACUGUUUUUGUUCUGUUUUCUUGCCAAGCUGUAUCUGGGAACAGAAAGUGCAUGUGGCUUUGGGGGUACAGAUUGUGAGAUGUUGGAUUUGGACUGUGGUUUUGAGGGAUUGUCUGUGGCUGUUUUUUGGACUUUUCCAGAGGUUUUAUAUUGUGUUGUGUUUUGCUUCAUUUAUUUCAGCUUGUGCCAAAAAGAGAUUGGGACAGUGCUAGUGUCGCUAGCCAAAUAAACUAUUGCGGAUUGUGGUCACUUGGGUAUGGAGGGCUGGUUUGACUGCAUAAGGAGAGAAAUGCGAAUUUCAGUUCAUUUUGAGAUUAUUAUUAUUAUUAUUUUUAAAUCUAAUUAUUAUUAUUUUUUUUUAAUUCUAAGACACCUUGUGUGGUCGAUCAUAUCCCUUAUACUGUAAGCAAUGAAUGCAUUCUUUUCUUGUAAAAGCUAUUAGCUCGGAAGCUUGAGCUCAUCACACUAAUUAUAGGUUAAAUGCAUUUCACAUGCAGUUUCCCCCCAGCCUCAUGUCAUUGCAGGGAGACGGUUUGAAUCUCUCUAGCCCUCCAGCUUAUGAGAAGAGUUUAAUAUCUGAGCAUUGGAGGGAGGGGGGGAAUAAGCACAUCCCUUCUCCUUAUUAAGGGUUUGUAAAUAAAAGAGAUGAAAAUCUUUAAGUGAUUGGGAGGCGUUUUCCUCGAGUCUCCCAGAAUCAGAGAGUGGAGAGCUGCCAGUAUUCUGUUCCUCUGUGGAAUGGGACCUGUGCUAAGAUUCCAUUGCCUGUCAGAGCCGGAUAGACAGAUACAUUGUAGCAUUUUACCCUCUCCUGUCCGAUUCUGUGUCCCCUCUUCUCUCUAACACUGAAUUGAGGAUGUUGCGUCUUUCCAUUCAGCUGAUCCGUGGUUUAGGUAGUUUCAUGUUGUUGGGGAUUGGCUUUUUAACGCGGCAACAAGAAACUGCCUUAAUUACGUCAGUUCGUCUUCAUCAAGAGCAACGAUUUCCGUUAAACACAGCAGGCUGUGCGAGUGACAUGCUUCCUAACAGGGCACAUUGUGCCAUACACGAUCUGCCUCUCAGGGCACUAGUACCCAGGGAAUGGAGCCAAGGGCACUGGCUGGACCUGGCUCCCAUGGCAUAGGCAGGAUCCUGGGGUAAACCCUGAUAUUUCUCCCCUCUGGUCUCUCUGGUAGAACGGUUCUCUCCUCCAACAGAGAGGCCAGACAAAGAAAUAUCGUUAGAUUAUUUAAAAAAAAUACUAUUAGAUUAUUUAGGGACAGGCUCCAAAAGGACUCUAAUAAUCCCUAGAAAAAAGGAAAAGGGGUACAUAACAAGGCAAUGGCUGUGAUAUGAUUCUGGCUGUGAUUUAAUUGACUUGUUUAAGGAAUUGGUUCUAUGUCGAGAAGGCACAAACAGUGUUAGUCUGUGUAUGCUGUUACAGGAUGUAUUGAUUGUAUGAAAGCAUCUUCACUGAGGGAAUACAGUGCUUUAAUACUCAUUACAAAGCAUACACUAUAUGCACAUACACACUGUAUGAGACCAUACACAAACACACACACACACGUAUAACAUAUGGCUAUACAUAUAUAUAAUGUUUAAGCUUAAUAACUUUAAAAGGAAAGCAUACAGAAACACAUACAUAUAUCCCAUAUAUAUUAUAGUAUAUUAUAUAAUAAAUAUAUUACAUAUAUAAAUACAUAUAAUACAUAUAUAUAAAUACAUAUAGAAGACAAGACUAUCUAUUUAAUUAUUAAUCUGCCACGGUAUAUAUGAAAUUAAAAAAUCACUGUUAUGCAUCACCUGCAUGCCUCCAGCUGGACAUAGGACAGUCCACCCUGGGCAAGGAAAAUAUAAAAUAAAUAAAGAAAAUGAAUUAAUUGUAUAUAUAUCAAUAACAUUUCAAGUACACACACACGCACACACAUACACACAUAUAUGUAUAUAUAUUUUUUCAAGGUUAUUAAUUAAAAAGUAGACGUAUCAAAGUACACAAUAUAAAUAUUACUGUAUACAAUAUUCUGUGUGAUGAAAAAGAUCAAUAAUGUUCUUAGAACCUUGCCUUUCUAAAUCUAUACACUUUAUGUGCAAACACCAAAGUCAUUUUAUGGCUACCCCUGUAGCACCAUGCUGAGUUACUUGUACUUACAUAAAACAUUUACUUUACUAUUUACAAAUGAUACAACAUACACACACACACACACACACACGUAUAUAUAAAUAUAUAUAAGUGUGUUUGUGUGUAACAGAUAGACACAACAAUACACAUUUUCGCAAUAUUUGAUGUUAUAACACUAUGUAGCCAGUUAGCUAUGUGACUAGCUUUCUAUAUAUCUAUAAGAUAGAUAGAUAGAGAGAUACAUAGAUAGAUACAUAGAUAUAUAGGUAGAUAAACACAUGCAUUCAAAAACAUACAUCUCGUGAGAGCUUCGUGGACAAAUACUAUAAAUGCAGUAGGUGAAUUUAAAUUCAAUUACUACACACAGACAGCUUAUAUUACUAAAUAUACAUAAUACCAUAGGACACAAAGACAACCCCAGCUCUGUUUGCGGGGAUUUUCACGUAUUCCUUAGUGAUGGUUUAAUUACCACUAGUUUUGUCUCCUGUGCUUUCUUUUUGAGGUAGAGGUUUUCCAUAAUUUGGUUGGAACGAAUUAAAUCCAUUCUAUUCUUCUCUGAUCAUCAACACAUGUUAUAAUAUACCUGCACAGCCUGUCCAUUAGUUAAUACAGAAAUGUAGCGUUUUAAAUACCACAACGCCUUUUGUUAGAUUCUAUAUUUUUAUUUGUUACACUGUUAUUAAAAUGUAAAUCGUACAACGUUCAUUGUCUGAUUCCUCACAGGUUCUAAAUUGAACUUGUCUUACGUCUUAGAUCGUGUCUUGCCUGUAACAUGCGCUUCCUCAUAGUUCUUUUUGUCUCUUAAAUAUUGUAUGACGUAAUAAAACGACUGUGUGAGCAUUCUAUAGAAUUCUAGACGUUUCAUUCCGGCAUUCUAUGUAUAUUUCGUUGCGGUUUCAUGGAAGGAGAUAAUUGCAAGGAGAAUAUUUUGAAUUGUUUUGAUAUUUCUUCAUUGGUUUGGCUGUUCUUCAUAUUACAGUGUGAAAACGUGUGAAAGGUCUUAAGGCCUGGCCUACAAGAAAAGUAAUUAGCAUUCUUCUUAGUUCGCAAAAAUACCUCCUUAGGCAUGUUGAGUGCCGCUUUGUCUGACUUGAGAAAUUCAUUGAAUUAUUCUCGACAUGAAAAUAAAGUUGUUAUUCAAUGUAAAGUUGUGAUUGUAUCCAAUAGUGAGAUCAUCUGAGGUUUGUCUUGAAUUCCUUUUUUCCACAUCCUUGGUCCUGUUAAUAAAAUCCAAUCAGGGAAGAUUUCUGUAUUUUUAAUUUGUUUGAAUGACACUGUUCUGCUGUCCUGCAAUACAAAAAUCAUAUAAAAAAAAUAUAAACCCAUUUAUAGAUUAUCUUGUCUUCUGUCUAUCUAAAUAGAUACACUGUCUAUUAUCUAUCUAUCUAUCUAUCUAUCUAUCUAUCUAUCUAUCUAUCUAUCCACACUUUAAAACUAUCACUAUAACUACAAACACUGAUAUAUAACAUUAGUGAUCAUUAACAUGUUAUUUCUAAAGUGGAAAAAAAUUAAAAAAUUGAAGCCAAAAUUCUUAGGCUGAUUUAAAUUAAUCGUGUGGAACCAAGCAAUAAAUUGUUCUAUAUUUUCUUUUGGAUUUUUGUCCUUGAUGCCAAAAACGUUGAUUUGUCGUUUGAUCUGAAGUGUAAGAAUUUCCCAAUUUUUUGGAUUUAAAGGGCAAUAAUCAAUGCAAGUGCAGUACAUAGAAUUGUGCGAUGUUUAGGACAAUAAACAAAUGUGGCUGCAGGAUCUUUCACAAAGCUAAGUGGGGGAUGGCUUACAAUUGGAGCCUGAGUUUCGAGAAUAGAGACUCUGCAAAGUAAAUUUGAAAGGGAACUUGAGGCUGUUAAGUAAAUUGGUCUUAGGCUGUAAUUGCUCUUAGGAAUUUUUAGUACACCAGCCCCAACACCACUAAAAUUAGUCUGGAAUCCAAAGUCAUUUCAGAAGAAAAUUCCCCGAAGCACCCUUGAGUCCAGUUAAGAAACAGGUAGCAUUUUGAAGAGUUGGUGGCUUUAUGACAUGAGUAUUAUCUUCCUGAAUUCUGUUUGUCUCAUCCUUUGAUACAUUUGUGUCUCGUGUACUUCCUACUCCUUUAAACAGACCUUUCUCUGUCUGCUUGGAACCAAAAAGAAAUCCUUUUAUUGCCCCAUCUGUAGAUACUUUUCUCUCAUCCCCAUACAACUCACAGGACAUACUGGGUUAAGUGCAUUUUAUCUACCUAUAUAUGGGACUUUCACGUGGGACUCAAGAAUAAGAGAUUUAUUUAUUGAAUAGUGAGUUCUAAUAAAUAGAAAGAUGAUAUUUCCACAUUUAGGCCAAAUAUAGCCGAGUUAUGAAUACAGGCUGAUUGGAGAAAGAUUCAGAUUUCCUAAAUGUAUAUUUCAACUCACUAGUUAGUGAAUAAAUCUUAAAUACUAAACAUGCAUCGCACUGGUGGUGUGUUUAACUUAACACCGUUAUACAUUGUGAUUUUACACUUAUUGGAUAUAGCAUUGAAAUUAAUAUAAGUAAAUAAUUUAGGAAAUCAAGAUAGAUAGACAGACUGACAGACAGACUGACAGACAGACAGACAGACAGACAGACAGAUAGAUAGAUAGAUAGAUAGAUAGAUAGAUACGUAUGGGUGUUAGUAUGUGGAGGGUAUUUUAGGUAAAAGUGCAUGUGAUGUAUAUGUGAAUCUAUCUAUCUAUCUAUCUAUCUAUCUAUCUAUCUAUCUAUCUAUCUAUCUAUCUAUCUGUCUCUCUAUCUAUCUGUCUGUCUGUCUAUCUAUCUAUCUAUCUAUCUAUCUGUCUGUCUAUCUAUCUGUCUGUUUCUAGCUAUAUAGCCUCUGUAUGUCUGUAUCUCUAUCGACUGAUUUAUAUGUAUCAAUCCACACCAUUUGGCUAUAUACGUAUAAAUGUUUGUUUAUGUAGUAAGCAUGUACAUGCUUACAUACACACACAUAUAAACAAACACACACACACACACACACACAGACAUAUAUAUUAUAUAUAUAUAUAUAUAUAUAUAUAUAUAUAGAGAGAGAGAGAGAGAGAGAGAGAGAGAGAUGAUAGAUAUGUAUGAAUCUAGCGUAAAUUAAUCUAUCUGGCUAUCUGUCUGUCUGUCUAUUUAUCAUCUGUCUCCAUGUCUGUCUUCCUUCCCAUGUACCACAUACAGUGCUAUCUAACACUACAUUGGCAGAAUGUAAUAUUAUGUAAUAUUAUGUAAUAUAUAAACAGAGAUAUGCUGACUGCAAUCCCUGCUCCUUCUAAUCUCAGUGGAAAAUUAUUAGCAGACUAUAUAGAUCACUGCAUAUAAAGACAAAAUACAUAGCAUCAUGAGAAAGAAACAUUCUCACCAGUCAGACGAAGUGGCAAUGGAUUAAAAUACAAAAGACAGAAGACAGAAAGGCAUUGCACUGAAAGGCUCCAAACACAAAGCUUUUCACAAAGUUGAUGGGACAGCUAUUGAAUUACCUUGAUUUUGCUCGCGAGCUGUGUCUCCGGACUGGGCUGGUGAUAUAUACAGAAUUCUUUUAUCUGGACAUAUAUAUCCUCAUAUUACUUUACAACUUAUUAAGGUUCCCCCUUUUUCAUCAUAAAAAAGCUGAGUUCUAAAUGGAGGAAAUAGAUCUAUCUGUAUAGAUUUCUGUUUUUAAACCGAACUUGACGGUGUUUAUUGAACCAAGUCCUGAAGACACUCAGUCAAACCUCAAAAUGGAUGUUUGGAGACUGCAUUUGUCUGUCUGUCAAGGAUGGCGUGAAUGUGUCUGCUCCCUUCAGCCUCACAGCCUGUGAUGGGUAAAACAGAUCACUUUCAGUCCUUUGGAAAGUCCUUAGGACAAAGGGUGGUAUAGAUGCUAUUAGCAGGAUAUUAUAUUGAGGUGACUCUUUUCUCUCCCCACCCCAUUUACAAUUUGCAGUGCUUCCAGAGUAAACUCAUAAAACCUGCAUUUGGAAGAGAAUGAAAGGCCCCUUCUUGAGUGAGUUAGCUUUUUUAUUUCUCCAAGGCCUGAGACUUCAAAACUGUCUUUAGCCAGUUGUUGUUGGCUUUGUGUGUGUGUGUGUGUGUGUACGUGGGGAUUUAAAAAAAUAAAUAUAUAUAUAUUUAAAUUUUUUUUACUAUCAAGGAUGAGUUUCCUCAUCUCUGAUUUGCUCACUGUGCCUUUUUGCACUUUUUUAAUUUAUUUUUUUAUUUUUAGAAAUUUAUGGUAGGAUUGCCCUUCUCCUUCUCAGAGUCCAAUAGAAAUAUCUAUAUCAUAGACUGGUAUAGAAACAGGAAAAUAAAAGCCUCCUUGGGUGUUAUUUAUAGGGCAAGACAUUGGACAAGCAUCCCUUUUCAAACAUGGUAGCAGGAUUUGGAUCUACUUGUGUGCAUGCAUCAUCCAAGGAUCCAAAUAUACAGCAAAAUUACCAGGAAACCCCAGCUGGGAUUUUAGGAGUCUUCAUAUAUUUUUUUUUUCAGUGCAAUUGUUUUCAUGCACUAGAUGAGUCCUGUAGUGUGUAUGGCGGAUUUAAUAGGCACCACACUGCUAGGAUAAGACAACUUGCUAUCUGGAUCCUCGUUAAAGGCCUUAGGAGAAUAAUGCAUUAUUUGGUAUGCAAAACGAAAUGGGCUUUUUCCUUCCGAUGGCGAAUCUCCUGUAGAUCCCGAUGCAGCAAACAAGGUAAAGCAGUGACAUUUGAUUUUAUUCUUUGCUAUUCAGAGUGUAUAGUGAUUUAUAACUGUUUCUUGCGCAUUACAUGUCUGUAUAUCAGAAAAAAUACAUAUUUUGUUUUUUCUUACGUUGAACCUGGAAGGGAAUCAGUCAAUAUAUUGCUAUUGAUAUCAAGAUAGACUGUGCCAAAUAGUAAGUGAUAUUUAUCAGUUAUAUUGUGCGUGUUGAAUUGGCUGAUUAUUAUAUUUAAUUCAAUGUAAAAUGCAUUUUAAUAUUUUUGGCUAUUUGUAUCUGUAUAUUUUGAUGUCUACAUUUUAUGUGCUGUGUGUUUGUUCUGUUGUUUACAUGCAUAUACUGUGCUCAUUUAUGUGUGUUUUAUAAUGUAUUUAUGCUCUGGAAUGUAAGCUUUUUCUCCUCCUGUGCCAACUAUGUAAAAAUAAAUACAUAACAUGCUUCCAAUGGUAUUUUAAUAUUUGAUAUUUAGCCAGAUAACCUCUCCAGUCUACAUGUGUGGAGUGGUGUGCUCUCUGUCUGCUGCAGCAAGGGAAACAUAGGUGAAAAUAGAACACUGAAUAUAUUUUGCAUAAAAUAAAUUAACUUGUCAAAUUAAGCAUUAGGAUUGAGUGAGAGUACUUGUCAACGGGAGAUUAUCAUGGAUGCUGGAGCCAAAUUGUUCAAAUAAAGUAGAGAUACUAAGAUAGUGUUUACUGGAUUGAGUGAUGUUUUGUAAGCAGCUUUGUUAGUUAUUGUUCCAUUGCAGAUACCACUAGAACAUACCUCAAAUAAUGCAUGGAGCAGCAGUGAGCUGGCUGUUGUCUUGUUAAUAAAGAGUUAAAUUUCUGGAGAAUACCCCAAUAUUUGCUCUGUGAAGGUGUUAUUAAGGUUGAUGUACAACAUGUAUGGCUCCUGGUAUCACUGUAACUACAUGAAACGUAUGAAAUGUGCCUGUAGAUUUGUUGUUUUUUCUUCUUCAUGUGAUUGCAGUCUAUUUCAUUGUUAUUUCUAUAACGUGAGCAUGCUUUUCUCUGUGGGAAUGUAAAUCUCGAAUUGCUCUUUGUAUUAAGAAUUAUAUAUGCAUACAUGCACAUUGAACGUUCUAUGAAGAAUCUAAAAGCAGACAUGUCUAUGGAGAGAUGGUGGUGGGAUUAUAUACACGUAUCACACCAGAGUAAAUGUCAUUUGUCGUUUUUAUUGAAAUUUUACUGAAAACGCCAUUAUAUACAGAGUCUUCAGCCCCCAGUCUACACACAAAAACGAUGUGCCUAAGACACUUCCAUUAUUUUUUUUAUCUGUUAUUAUUUUUGUUACCCAUAGAAGGUGUUAUAAAGCAACUUGUUUAUUAUUUUAUAUCCAUAGAUUUGUACUGAGUCUGGUAGGCAUUUACACUCAUGUUAUUUGCCUUAAAUAUAUUUGUAUCAGGGUUUCCCAGCUUUGGUAAAUGUGAAGGAAUUUGUUAUACUCAACACAAUGAAUUUAUUGACAGCAACACAUGCAGACAGCGGUGACAUUACACUUUGUUCUUCUUUGGGAAUAAUUCUCAGGGAAGGAAAGAAGCCCUUCUAUAGUUGUAUUUUCCUUUUUCUCCCUAUGUAGACAUGAAUGGGGAAACUUUGCAGUAACUUUUGCUUUUUACAGUGGAAAUCCAACUCUGCAGUUUUGUUUAAUGAACGACAAGUUUAUGAACAAUCGAAUGAUCCUCGUAAAUUUUUUAUUGAAGAACAUAAAAACAUCCAACCCUCAGCAGACGAACACAGACAUUCACUGAAAGAUGGGAGUAGCUUAAAACUAUUAUUCUGUGUAAAUGUGUCUCCUGAAUUAUUUUUUUUCUCUCCUGAUUUUUUUUUUUUUUUUUUAAACUCCAGUGGCUUUCACGUGCUGGCUUUUCACUACCUGCUGAUUUGUAAAGAAAAAACAUAUAUAUACCAACUGGUAAACUGUGCAUGCAGACUGGCAAUAAACAGACAGGCAGUUCUAAAAAAAAAAUCAUACCAGCUAAAAGAUGAUACAAGUCAAAUGGCUACUUUUAAGAUUCUAGAAUUCUUUGUGUGUGUGUGUGUGUGUAUUUAUAGAAUACAAGCCCUAUUCUCCAUGGCAAGUAGCACAUUUUUGGCUAAGUGAUUAUAAACGAAAAAGAGAAAUCAUAAUGCAUUUCUAAUGAAAAGCUAUGUCCUAUGCUGUGCAAUAUAUCCAGGCUAGCAUACUGCCAGCAAUAGGGAGACGAGACAGAGACAGAUUGCGUCAAGAAAUAGUCCCUCUCCUGAUUCCCACGUCCUCUCGUGCUCCAGCAUUGCUCAAAUGUAUCCACUGCCCCAUUUUUCUUUUCAGAACACAAGAAAUAUUUCAGGGUUUAAUGUGGUCCAUGAGGUGGCCCCUUUGAAUUUCACAUAAUUUCUUCCAUUUUAUAGAAACCAGAGCCUCUCUCUCUCUUGCUUCUAUUAAAAGGAGAGGAGGAAAAAGGGGGGAGACUUGCGCAUUGAUCUACACUGUAUUUUUUUUUUUUUUUUUUUUGGUAAAUACUAUCACGUGGGGAGCCAGAGCCAAUGACGAGCCUGGAAGGCUGAAAAAAUAAUUACCUGCCCUGAUUGUUCUAUGAGCAGAUAAAAAGUACACAUACAGUUCAUACAAUAAUCUUAUGAAUGUAAAAGAAGGGGGAACAAUGUCUGCUUCUGGUCCCAUCAGCAACUACUAUGUGGACUCUCUGAUCAGCCAUGAGAGUGAAGACCUCUUGGCUUCUAGGUUCCCCACCACUGGGGCUCACCCAGCCACUGCAAGACCCACAGGAUUAGUCCCGGACUGUGGAGAUUUUCCUUCCUGCAGUUUUGCCCCUAAACCUGCAGUUUUUACCACCUCUUGGGGUCCUGUGCACUCCCAAUCCUCAGUGGUCUACCACCCCUACAGCCACCACCAGGCUCACUUGGGGGCAGAUGCAAGAUAUAUGCGCACUUGGUUGGAGCCCAUCUCAGGGACGGUCUCAUUCCCAGGAUUCCCAGCCAGCAGCAGGCACUAUGGACUCAAGCCUGACACCUUCCCCAGCAGAAGGGAUUGUGGCCCCAGCGAUGGCCGCAGCUACCCGGAUUAUAUGUAUGGAUCUCCUGGGGACCUGAGGGACAGGCCACCCCUGCACACCAUCCCUUCUCCGGAGUCAGAGGCUCUCCUUUCUAGCAAACACAAAGAGGACAAGACGGAAUUGGACCCCAGUAAGUUAGAGUCAUUCUUGUUUACAACCGGAGAGGGGGAGGAGGAAUGCAAUAACCUCCAUAAAAUCAAAUUGCCUGCUUAGCAGGGCCCAGCCCUAAAACACACUGCCUGCAGGAGGACUAAAAGACAAUUAUUAUUAUUUAAAUAUAUGUAUAUAUAUAUAUAUAUAUCUAUUAAAUAAACAAUCCAGGCAGGCUGCAUGGCUGGGCAGGGGAUGCAUGUAUUAGACCAGGCAGUAUGGGUGCAAAAGCAGGGACCAGCCAUGUUCAUAUGUUUAAUGUGACAUGCAGACCCCACAGCUCAGUGUCACUUUCAUUCUGACAAUAUACUCAGCAUUGCAGCUAAAUGUCUGCAGGGACUGAGACAGAAAGUGCUGCUACAGCUGUGGCAGGGAGGACCCAUUUUGUUACUUACUAUAUUCAGAUUAAUUUUUUAUUUCAUUAUAUUCAAGGCAAUAUGAUCAGAUAGCAGUGUGUAUAGGAAAGGCUAACAGACCAGCCCCAUCAAGGCAGAUAGCUGAAUGUCCACGUAGGACAGGAACAUGAAGCGACAACUGGGCGUUUAAAUUGAAAUGUUUGUUACAGUCCUGGUUUUAUUGCAUUGACCAGAGCAGAUCAGAUUCACACACAGCGACAGGAAGUUCUUAAACAGCCCUCUUUAUUGUGGUAGCAUCUUGAAUUCACUUAAUAUUAAACAGGAGUUAAAAUUUAAUGGGCAUCUUUUAAACUGGUAUACAAGCAGACUGCAAAUAUAAAGGUUAAUGUAGCAGUCAAGACACCUGGCAGCUUAAUAUUUUAUGACUAUUCUCAUAAACAAUAAUCCCCAAAUUAUACAGGGGUAGAUCAUUGCUGUAUAAUUACAUUUAAUAAAACAUACUUACAUAUAUACAUAGACUAAUAGAUUUAUGACAUUGCUUGAAAAUAAAACACGGUGUAUUUUUUUCUUUUAUAUGUAUAUUUUCUCAUAGAAAAGAGGACAUUUAUAGGUUUUGCCCUUGUAAACACACCAAUUAUCAAAGUCUAUUGUGUGUUUCUAUGAAGCCGUGUAAUAAAAUAAUAAAGGGGCAAUCAAAUGUCUUUUAGGUUCAGUUUGGUCAAAAAGCUUCAGGUUAUCUGGGCAUAAGUAUCAUGAAAGUAAAAAAAAUAAAAACCUUUAGAGAAUUUAACAGCAGGAAAAUUAAGGGCAUACUAGGUUAAACUAUAUUUAAGGAAAUUGCACUUGCUAAAACCUUUAUGGCCUUGUGAAAACACAGUGUACUUUUUAAUGACUGUCUUUAAACAUAUCACUAGGGUGACCUAGAGUAAUAUACCCUAAUAUUCCCUCAACACCUCAAUUUAAGACUAUAAUAAAAAAAAAAUACAGGCCUUUAUAACAGGCAAUAAUAAUAUUCCCCCAAAAAUGUGUUUUUGUAAUUAUUUGAUUAUUUCUAUUUGUAUAAAUUGAAUUCCUACCCUUAACGAUAGGUGUGUAAUAUAUACUGUUCUAUCGACCUACAUGAGGAAAACAAUGUAAUAUCAGAAAUGUAUGCUUGUUUUCAUUCUCUAUGUGAUAUUAACGUUGAUUUUCUCUGCUCUGUGCUUGCUUUAGAUAACCCAGUGGCAAAUUGGAUCCAUGCACGGUCAACCAGGAAGAAAAGGUGCCCUUAUACAAAAUAUCAGACUCUAGAACUUGAAAAGGAAUUUUUAUUUAACAUGUAUCUAACGAGAGACCGGCGGUAUGAAGUGGCCAGAGUGCUAAAUCUCACCGAACGCCAAGUUAAAAUCUGGUUUCAAAACAGAAGGAUGAAAAUGAAGAAAAUGAACAAAGAAAAAACCGACAAAGAACAGCCCUAG